AUGAUGUCUCGUUGCGCAAAUAUUGCGAUCCCGCUUUCGGCCGCAAUAAUGCUCAAAUGCAAGGCUAGAAACUCUGUUACGCAGGCGAAAUCAAGUCCGAAUCAACUCCCUGAUUUCGACUUUGAGAAAUUCAAGCAAAAUGCGGAAAGCUUACAGAGAGAACGAAACGAAAACGACUGUGUUUUGGAUGGCGAUAUAUUUUGUGCUGGCGGAAAGUAUGCAGAUCAACAGGCUACCGAGUGGAAGCUCAGCCACGAUUCUCUGAACAAAAACGACAGCCUUAAAGUGUGGAACCGAAAACGACUCAAUGGAGAGACUGAGUACAGGCUUUACUCGAAUAUUCAAAAUAUUUACUGGCAAGAUUUCCUCGAAGUUCAACUAAACUGUGACUAUCGAAAAGAGUGGGAUGGUUGGGUGCAACUUUUGGAACCAUUACAAUGUGAAACUGAUAAAGAAGGAACAAUCGGCGAAUCGUGUGUUUACAAAUGGGUCCAAAAGAUGCCAGGCGCGUUGUUGAAAUCAAGAGAGUACAUUUAUCUCCGCGAAGUAUUCCAUUUCCCGGAAGAUAGAAUGGUGAUUAUUGCGGCGCAUGAUGUGCCAGGAGUUGAGGCCGAAAAGAAAACCGUCAGGGUUGAAAACUAUCAAUCAGUAAUGAUAAUCCAAUAUGCAGCAAACGACGCCAAAGGAUUUUCUUACCUCCUCACUUAUCACGAUGAUGUUUCGAAAAUUUUACCCGGCUGGUUUCAAGCAUGGGCGAAUGGACGCGGCGCCCGAAGCAGUCACGAUAAGAUCAUUUCUAAGUGUUUGGAGCUAGAGAAACGAAGAGAACAAAAGCUUGGUUUUAAAUAA